CUCAACACAUCAAAACAGAAGCUGAUGGAGAGGACUGUGGAGGACCAGAACCAGCCAGGAACUCACAUCCACUUUUACAACCAGAGACUGAAGAUCAGACUGGAGACACUUCUGAUCCUGAGACUGAUGACAGUGCUGAUUGGAAGGAGACCAGAGAACCUCAGUCAGCUUUAAACUCUCUGAAACAUGAUUCAAGACGUAAGAAAACAUUCAGCUGCUCUGAGUGUGGGAAACGAUUUAACCGUGAGUCACAUCUGAAGAGACACAUGAUGACUCACACAGGUGAGAGACCUUUCAGCUGCUCAGUCUGUAAUAAAUCUUUUGCACAGAGUGGAGAUUUACAGAGACACAUGAGAACUCAUACGGGAGAGGCGCCUUUCAGCUGCUCUGAGUGUGGUCAACGAUUUAAACAGAAGUCAACCUUGAUAAGUCACAUGACAGUGCACACAGGAGAGAAAAGACACAGCUGCAGUGUUUGUAACAGAAGAUUCAUCUGGCAUUAUCAGCUCAGGAUCCAUAAUUGUGUUGGUCGUCAGUCCUCACAGCGUCAAAGACAAACAAAACACAUAGAAACAGAAGCUGAUGGAGAGGACUGUGGAGGACCAGAACCAGCCAGGAACUCAGAUCCACUUUUACAACCAGAGACUGAAGACCAGACUGGAGACUCUUCUGAGACUGAUGACUCUCAGAAACCUGAUUCAAGAUGUAAGAAAACAUUCAGCUGCUUAGAGUGUGGGAGAAUAUUUGGCCGCAGUUCACAUCUAAGGAGACACAUUAAAACUCAUACAGGAGAGAAGCCUUUCAGCUGCUCAGUUUGUAAGAAAUAUUUUACACAGAGUGGAAGUUUACAGAGACACAUGAGAAUCCACACAGGAGAAAAACCUUUCAGCUGCUCAGUGUGCGGAAAAAGGUUUAUACAGAAGUCACAGCUGACAAACCACAUGGCAGUUCACACAGGAGAGAAAAGAUACAGCUGCAGUGUUUGUGAUAAAAGAUUUGCCUGGCCAGAAAAGGUCAAAAGACAUAAAUGUGUUGGCCGUCAGUCGUCACAGCUUCAUCAGGGUCAAACGGAGGAGAAGAAAGAGGCAGAGCCUCCAGCCAGCAGAGAAACUCAACACAUGGAAACAGAAGCUGAUGGAGAGGACUGUGGAGGACCAGAACCAGCCAGUAACUCACAUCCACAUCCACUUUUACAACCAGAGACUGAAGACCAGACUGGAGACACUUCUGAACUUGAGGCUUAUGACAGUGUAGUCUGGCUAUCACCAGACCAAGCUCAAUCUUUUAAGAUUGAACAUUAGCCUGGGGAGUCUGCUCUGUAUUUCCUCUGCACAUGAGGCUUGAUCAACGGGCAUAGUUCAAAUGACUCUGUACACAAUUGGAUAGUCCUUCAAACAAUCAGACCCAACGAUCCGGGUGACGUACUUUGCAGAGCGAAAGCCGGUCGGUAGUAAAAAAUAAAUAAAUAAAUAAGCUGGUCGGUAGUAAAAAAUAAAUAAAUAAAUAAGCUGGUCGGUAGUAAGGCAUACGCAUACUUCUUUUGUAGGAAUAUUUCCAGGGAAAGUUUCUGUUCCGUUUUCAGAGAAAACUUGCCUUUUUAAAUCUUUAAAACGACAUGCACGGAGAUGAGAAGGGUAUGUAUGGACUUCUUUAACUCUGGGGGAUACGGGGAAUAAGACAAAGUCCUAAUAAGUCGGCGUGUUCCUUUAACGUGUCAUUUUCAAGAGAGCCUGGUUUAUUUUAAGAGUAUAAAACGACUCAACUGUUUAUAAGAUCUAGAUAAACAUACAGGUUUCCAGCCUGAGCUGCAGGGAGAAAUCAAACCGCCGGCAGAUGGGGCUGGGUUUACCCAGUCUAGAGGACAGUGCUGAUUGGAAGGAGACCAGAGAACCUCAGUCAGGUUUCAGUCAGCAGCUGAACUGAACAGGAGAAAACAACAUCUUGUAUGAGCAACAACCUUCAAUUUUUGGGGGGACUAUUUUACAACUUAUUGAUCAAAUCAGCCUGUAUAAUGGUGAAUACACAGAAGGAAUGUUUGUGGAUUCAUCAAAAUCUUUCCAUAAAGUAAAUCAUGAAAUUUUACUCACCAAACAAAGUUCCUGUGGCUUUCAGGGUUCAGUACUUCAGUGGUUACAUGAAUACUUAAGAAAUAGCAAACCUAAUCAAAGCGCUCUUCUUAUUAAGCAAACAUCUUGUGCGGGAUCCCACAGGGGUCAAUCUUGGCCCUCUUCUUUUUCAUGUUAAGAUAAUUGACCUAGCCUCUGUUUCCCAAACCAACAAUAACAACCCUGAUUGGUUGGUUCCAUUCACAGUGUUGAAUUAAAGGACACCAAUACAACAGUAAAUAUUUCCACAGUUUCCAGUCCAAUGUCCACACACAACAUACUCUACUUUGCACAAAACAAAGAACAAAUAAAACAGCGGCCACAACGCAUUGUCCAACUAGAGCCAAACACUUCAUACACAAAACCAGACCAUAGAAGAGCCAGACACAAAAAAUAAAAACUAACAGGGAAUGUCACUUCCAGACAGAGAAUCAUCGAUACAAAGCAGUCUUCCUUUUAGCCCGUGCUCAUUCUAAAACGUCUGCAGUAUGGCUGCACAAUUAAUCUCAAUUUGAUCAAAAUCGCAAUAUAGUGCAAUAUCCAAAUCGCAGGGUGGGGUACAUUAUUUAUUAAAGGCAAAAUAUGUGUCAAACCAUUCUGAAUGAAGUACUGUGGUGCU